CCUGAUCUGGGCGUCACAUGUCACAGUUGCUAACAAGAUGUUUAAUCUCAUGUUGGAUUUCAAGGGUCAGUCAAGUCUUCACCUUUUUCUUCCCCCCGCAGGUUGGACCUUGUUCCGUGACUUCCACAGGGGUACUGGCUGCAGUGUUGCCCAGUUCAUCCAUUUACGAGCACAUGCAUCCAAGCGCUGAGGUGUGCUUAGCUGCUCUGUAUAAACAUUAACCUGAGCGGACUGUCAGAUGACCUGCUCCUAAUCUCAGGUCCUUUUCAGAAUAGAGACCGGACAGCGGCCGCAAGGGUUCGAGCUCAUCCCACUUAGUUUGGGAGCUUGAAUUGAAACAUGCAUGCUGGAUUUAAACUGUCUGGUGUAAAGCAAGAUUUCACCAGUGGUGUGUUUCAUUUAGCAUCCACAGCAGUCCCUCCAUCACUAUUUUUAUAUUACUAUUCUCUAUUAACUAUUCUGAAGCUCUUCCACGGCUGAUCUCUGACCUGCGGUCAAAGAUAAUCAUGCCUACUCACAUUCAUUUGAAGACUACUUGCCUUUCUCUGUGCUCCCCAAAACCUGUGGCCGUUCUCAUGUUUGUUUUCCAAAAUUCACCUCCAAACAUCAUUACACUAAGUGAGUUUAAAGUCUAGCUUUAGGGCCACGCUGUUGGCAGUGUCAACAACUGGGCAAGUGAAGCCGCUAUUAAUGCAUCAACCCAGCUAGACAUUGGUAGUGGGAGGGGUGCCGGCACACUCCGCCUCUCAAAGGUCGUCCAAGGUAUGCUAAUGGGAGUCUGAUGACAUCACCGGGACGAUAUAAGAGGCAGGCAACCGGGUUUGGCCGCAAACCUCUCUGAGCUGUAAUCUGAGGAAACCAGAAGGCGCGAAACUAGCUCCGUCUGCCUCCACGUCUCCCCUGUGGUCCUGGGAUACAAGAGGACACCGCACUGGAAAAUAUGCUGUUCUGCCAUUCCCAGCCUGAGUCCUACCACCAGCACUCUGCUAGUUACAUUAGAGAGGCCUUGGCACCUUUCUUGAAGAACGAAGAAGCGAGGCUUAUGGCUGAAAAUGGUGCCAGGAGGCCCCCGUUCCAGUACAUUCUGUGUGCAGCCACCUCGCCGGCUGUGAAGCAGCAGGAGGAGAGUCUCACUUAUCUCAACCAAGGUCAGUCCUACGAAAUCCGUAUGCUUAACAGAAAACUAGUGGAGUAUACAGAUAUAAGCAGCAAAUAUGUAAAGAGCAUCGUGCGCGUGGUGUUUCAUGACCGUCGACUGCAGUAUAUGGAGCACCAGCAGCUGGAGGGAUGGAGGUGGAACAGACCUGGGGACCGGAUCCUGGAUAUAGAUAUCCCGCUGUCAGUGGGGAUACAGGAGCCCCGUUCACACCCUCUGCACCUCAACACCAUUGAGUUCCUCUGGGAUCCCGUGAAGAACGCCUCUGUUUUCAUCCAGGUCAACUGCAUCAGCACCGAGUUCACCCCCAGGAAGCACGGUGGGGAGAAAGGAGUUCCCUUUCGCAUCCAGGUGGACUCUUUCACCACCAACGAGCACGGGGAAUACAUGGAGCACGUCCACUCUUCCAGCUGCCAGGUCAAAGUCUUCAAGCCUAAAGGAGCUGAUCGCAAACUGAAGACAGACAGGGAGAAGAUUGAUAAAAAGGUCCUUCAGGACAGAGACAAGUAUCAGCCGUCCCACGAGUCCACCCUGCUGAAAGAGUGCUCUCCUUGGCCUGAUGCCCUGAAUCUCACCAUCCACAGCGGCAGCAGCAGCACGCCAUCACCCGUUUACCACAGCUCGCCCACUUCCUGUAGAUUCACAGAUGGCAACUGUUCUCCAAACCAGCAAGAGGAUCUGCUCAUGCCCGGCUGCUCUGAUCACCUCCUGCCGUCGUCCUCGCCGCAGGACACUCUGCAGUGGCUGCACCGUCACAGGUUCUCGCCGUUCUCAAGGCUCUUCUCCAGCUUCUCAGGUGCUGACCUGCUGAGGAUGAGCAGGGACGACCUGAUCCAGAUCUGCGGCCCAGCAGACGGCAUUCGCCUCUUUAACACCAUGAAAGGAAGGUGCAUUCAGCCCCGUCUGACCAUCUAUGUGUGUCAGCAGCAGGCCAGACAUCAGCCUCCCAUCAAGCCAGGGGGUGGAGAGAUCUAUCAAGCGCUGUACCUGGAGGAGCUGACGCUGUUGGACCUGUCUGAAAAGAUCGCCAUGCUGUACAGCAUCGCUCCACAGCAAAUUACACACAUCUACAGACAAAACCCCAACGGGAUCCACGUCUUAGUCUCCGACGAGAUGGUGCAGAACUUCAGGGAGGAAACGAGCUUCGUCCUCAGCACCAUACGGGAUGAGAACACAGAUGGCUUCCACGUUGUGUUGAAAUGACCAACAGACACUCGUGAGGUUCAAAGUUUCACCGGUGGAAUUGUACAGAUUGUAAAUAAAUCCUUCUGGACUGCAAUAUGUGACAUUUACUAAGAGUAGACUGCUGUUAAGCUUUUAGUUUUCUGUUGAUUUUGUAGUUCUGUUCGGUUUAAUUUUCCUGUUUUAUUUGUAUUUUUGUUAAGUUACUGAUUCCUGUUUGAUGCUUUGUAAUUAGUGGUGACCAGUGCUGUGUUAUCCCUUCACAUGUGCAUACAUUUUUGGUUUAAACACGUAUAAAUGUAAGUUAAUGACUCUGGUGAUAAUAAAGCAAAGUAAAUGUCACACGUCAUCAUACAGACAAAUAGAAAAGACAAAUGAACAAAACUGUAUUGUGUUGUUUGAAUGUAGCACGUGUCCAUUUCCUGCUUGUCCCAAACGUGAAAUGCUGUGAUGUAGAUUAUUGACUGCUUCUGUUGCAUAUGCUAUACGGCCUAUUUUCUUGAUGAGGUGUAAUGUUAAAUCAGGUGAAAGUGAGAUAUUUAUGCACAUAGCUCGACUGUAUGUUUAAACAGACACACUGUGUUGCAGUUUGGAAGAUAAUUUUGACU